AUGGCAACCAGUCGGCAGGAGCGCAUGCAGGAGCGCAUGCGCGGGGCGCAUUCUCAUCAGGUUGCCGAUAUCUCUUUCAAUUUCGAGAUCCCUCUACCCGUAGAGGAACCCUCGUCCGAGGAACCCACAGGUCACGAUGAAGCGUCUUCGCCAACCAAAUCGCCAGACACGGCUCUUGCUCCAGCUCCUACAGUAGAGACACAGCCUAUAGCUGGGCAGGUGUUGACACGUCCAACGCCCAAUACGUCUGUUAAAAGGAGUCGUAGGAGCCCCCCAUCAGCAACGUCGAUAGCUGCGAUACAUACACAGCCCCAGCCGCCGCACCCUCGAGCUACGAGUCCUUCAGCUGCGUCUGCGCAGUCGCGCUCUCCCGACACGAACGACUUUUCUGCCCACAAUGACAAAGAUUCACAUACCGUCAUCAGCGAGCGAUCAACUCGGGAACGCUCCUCUGGCUUACGACGCACUUCUCCUACGCGGACGGACCAUGGAACAGAAGAUGUGACAUCGCCGAUAGUCGAUAAACAUCCUAGCCCAGCUCAGUCACAGUCGCAUCAGCACUUGAAAUCGCCCGAGCAACUCCCACCACAACCAAUAAGCAGUGCAACCAAGGCACAUCACCGGCCUCGCUAUGUCUCGCCGACUGCUCUGACGGAAGAGGUAGACGAGAGUCCGGCCGAUGCUCCCGGAAGCGGAAGGCGUCGACCAUUACGGGUUGAUGAACCUGGAAGCGCAGUGAUUGGAUCCAGCGCAUUACUCCAGCAGGUUCUAAAGGAGUUGGACGAUGGGACCGAACAAGAGCCAGAGCAAUCUUCUCCACUCGAGCGCGCGGCAUCACGGAAGAGUGGGGAUUUGUUCGCUGUAAGGAGGGUGUCGGCCGAAACGCGGAGGAGCUCAAGACUCUCGGGUAGUAGUCCGCCUGAAAGUGUGGCGAGCCAAGACUUGGGCGAAGAGCCCUCGCCGUCGAAAGCAGCGCAGCAGGGCGGAACUGAGAGGGACAGAGAUCCAGGGUUAGAGGCAGGAGACAGACAACGCGACACGCGCAGUGCUGAGCGUACCAAUGACGGCGUCGAAAGCGAGCGUCCUAGCAGAGGAAAGGGGAAGAACAGGGGCCAGGAAGACGACACCGAAAAGGCCCAGGAAAUUAGCGACAAGGAAGCUGCUCAACUUCUCGGCCGGAAACGUCCUAGACGAGCUGUCCCUGCGCCCUCCUCACAGUCAGAGGCAAGACCACCUGAGGAGGAGCCUCUGCUUAAGCGACGCCGCAGACAAAUCGAGCCAGCGGAUACGGCCCAACAGAAGCCAUCCAAAGCACGAGGAGAAAGGCUUGAGCGCGCGCCUACUCCGGUAUCGAGCCCUCCUCAGGAACAGCAGAAGCAACCAAAGCAACAAACGGCACCCGCAGGCCGCAGACGUACGACUCAGAAGACCCCGAAGGCGAAGCAGAGCAGAAAAACAUCCAAGAAGGAUGAUGCAGAGGACCAAGGAAAGGGGGAGAAAGCAGAAGCCGUUCCGAUUACCGUCCAGCGCUUCACAAAGCCGCCCAGAGCCAGCGACGAUGCUGACGAACUAAAUGCCAGUGUUCUUGACGCCGAGAUUCCAUUUGCGAACAGAGCCGGCGUCAACGCCAUAGACGUCCUCUCCGAACUAUGCGAGGGUCUCAUUGCAGGGUUUUUAGCCAGGCUGGAGGAACGAGCCCGAGCUGCAGAUGACGCAGCAACAAAGAGGGAACAAAAGACCAAGUUUCGCACCAUGGAGGCGUUUCAGGAGGAGCUGAGGACUAGGCUACUGGAACGCACUAUCGCCCUCGAUACGCUCCACGCCCUGCGCAAACGGGUAAGGGUGGUGCAGAAGGAGAAGCUGGGAUUGAGAGAGGAGAUAUUGAGGAUACGCGCCGAGAGAGAUCAAGUUUCGUUGAGGAUGGACGCUAUUCGGAUUAAGCAUGAGGUGGAUAGUAAGGAGGCUUUGCGACACAUAUCGCUCUCCUCUGCCAUGCAUGACAUAGACCUUGCGGUGGAAAGAGGUCAAGCAGCUCCCGAACUGUUCCCGGCUGAGCAGAAGAUGGCAGACCUGGCGAACUUGGAGUUCCUCAUCAGCAGGGUAUCGGGUGAGGUGUGUAACAAGGGUAACGGCGGUGGGACAUUAAAGCAGAUCAAGGAUUUCAAUGCUUUUUUGGAGCGAGCGGCAAGUGUUUUAGAGGGCAGGUAAUUGGGUACAUCAAUUCAAUAGCAUCUCGACACCAC